AUGCGCCUGCUACUGGAGGCCGGCGCCGACGCCAACGUCGCCAAGAAGAAGAGCGGGGAGACGCCGCUCAUGAAGGCGGUGAGGCAGGGCGCGGAGGCGGCGGUGCAGAUGCUGCUCUCACACGGCGCCGACGCCAACGCCGCGGACUUGUACGGACAGAACUCCCUGUACCACGCGGUUUACUAUGGCCAGCUGGACAUCAUGCGCCUGCUACUGGAGGGCGGCGCCGAAGCCAACGCCGCGGUCUCGCACGGAAGGAACUCCCUGUACCACGCGGCUCGCUCUGGCAGGCUGGACAUCAUGCGCCUGCUACUGGAGGCCUGUGUAGAUCCAAACGUCGCCGAGACGCGGACCUUGAAGACGCCGCUGAUG